AAGAGGUUUGUGUCGAAUCCAUUUAUACAUCCAACUUCUCCACGCGGAACUCCAACGCCUCCACCUUUUACUCCUCCGCGUUUUCUAAAAUCUGUUUCUGCGACUUCUCCAGAAGAAGAACUCGCUGUGGGAAGUGUAGUUCCAAAAUCGAAGUAUUACCAGAAGUCGUUCUAUUCGCAACGCUUGAAUAAGAGCUUCGUGUAUAUCAGCGAAAUUGGCUCUGGUAAUUUCAGUACGGUUCUUUUAGCUGGCUCCGACGAUACGCUCGUAGCGAUCAAAGCGAUCACGGUGCCACUAGAAAGCAGAAGUCAGAUGGCUAACUUCAAGCUGUUCAUACGGCGAGAAUUAAGCAUAUUGUCGCAAAUUGCACCUUUUCCAUGUGUAACUACAUUGCUCGACUACUCUAUUACUUUAGAAAUACCGACGAUAGAUAACUAUGACAGUGAUGGAGAAGAAGAGCUGGUUUCUGAGGCUGAACAUGCAAACGUAGUCCAUAGCAACGACCAGCUCAUCUUUCUUCAGUACUGUCCUGGCGGUACUCUCUUGCAAUACCUCACUUCCCACAAGCAGCUGGACCAUCUGCAUGACUUGCUGUACUGGCUUGUCGUGAAGCGGAUAGUAUGUGAACUCCUUGUAACCGUAGGCUAUUUGCAUGAAAACAACAUCGUGCACCGUGACAUCAAGCUCGAGAAUAUUCUCUUGAACUACACGGCUAGCGAGUUGGUGCAGUUGAUAACGUCAAAUGUUCCAACAGAACUUCCAGCGUUCACCAAUUUGAGUGACUUUGGUCUUUCCAAAAAGCUCCGGUCGCAAGACCAGUAUCUUUCCACCCGGUGUGGCUCUCAGGACUACAUUGCACCGGAAGUACUCUUGGGGAUCAAGUACAACGGCUUCUUGACCGAUUCGUGGUCCGUAGGAGUUCUUAUCUACUCAAUAAUGGAAAACAGACUUCCAUUUGAUCUUCCGCCGAUCGACUCUGUUAGCAUCAAUGGUAUCUCACCCUCGGUUCUCCGGCGUAAAAGACUGAGAAACAGUUCGGCUCACCGCAUUGCUAUGAUUGACUGGGACUGGUUCAAAGUCAACGAGUACUUGGCAGACGAAACCAUCCAGCCCGAGAUCAAGGACAUUUUCCGUAGCCUCCAAUCGCUUGUAAACCUCCUACUUGUAAGAAAGGACAAACGUGUAGCCAUCCGAGACAUUCUUUCCCAGGACCAGUUCCGAUGGGUUGAAGACUUUGUGCCA